AUGGUAGUGAGAGACUGGUGUCUGAUACAAAACAGUCUGAAUUGAGCAGAUGUGAUUUGGAACCAGCUGAAAUUAGGGAAGUGCUGUCAGGCAUUUCCCAGCAAAAUUUGACUGAGACUGCCAAGGCAGAAACAAACCCAACAGAAAACUCUUCUGCUGACAUCUACAUGGAGGGAAAAGAAGAAAUGGUAACCUGUGAGGACAACAAGAACAAACCUGCCCAUGAGGAAAAUGGCCUCUCCACAGUCAAGGUUCUUCCAGCACCACUGGUGGUGGGCGAUCCUGGUAGAGAAAUGAAUGCUGGUUCCGAAAUGCAGAAGUCUCUCCUUGUAUUAGGUACAGGUUGCAGCAGAAAUGCACCAAGUGGCCUUGAUACUAUGACCCAAACCUGCUCUCCUUGCACAGAUUCCCUUUCUCUGGAUAUGGAAAUUCUGUGUAACAGUCAGCUACUGGGCAUCUUUGAAUUUCCACCACGCAAGACAUCUUUUCUGGAUAAUCCACAUAGCCCUUCCAAGGAUAAAAGUGAUCAGUGUGCUGUAGGAGAACAAAGUGGAAUCAAAACACCAGUCCCAGCCAUUAAUCUGAUCUAUCCAAAUAGUGACAGGAUUGAGGUGACUGAGGGGAUUUGUGAUCCAUACAAACAAGAAGAUGCAACAGAUGUUGUUUGUGGACUGAUUAAAGAGCUCUCUAAUCUCAACCGACUUAUCAUGAGUACACACAGAGACCUGGAUUCCUUCAAGAGACUGAAGUUCCGGAGAAACAGACAAUCUGGGAAGCUUGUACCUCAUAGCGUGAGCAAUGUGACAAGCACACUUUGUCCAGUCAAAAAGAAGAGAGAGAUUUAGCUAGUGAAUUCUGUUCCUGCUUUGAAAGUUUGCUUUGUUAUGGUUUUCUUUAGCUAUUUCAUUUAGCAGUGGGGUCAUUUAUGCUUAUCUGCAUCAAAAUAGACUGUUAGAUGCAGAAUAAAAUUAAUAAAAUGAAUAUAAUUAGUCAUUUUCACAUCCCACUAACUACCACAGCAAUGUAAAGGACCCUUAUAAAUAAGAACUGGGUCCAAUGUCUUGGUGCACAAUCCAGUAAGUAAAGUUACCUGUAUAUAAGCUGCAAUCAAUAUCCCUUUCACCACCAUCUCUUAACAAACUCUUAACACAACUUUCUGGGUGUGAACUCUUGUCCACAAUUGUGAAGAGUUGCCCUAUGUUCAGGCAUGUAUCUAUAGUUCUUCCUCCAUUAGGCCAAAAUAUAUCUUAUGGAAUGCAAAAAUAAAAAUAAACCCUUAAACUUAAAAGCCA